AUGAUACUACUCAUUCUAUUAGUGUAUAAAACUUAUCAAACUCUCAUUUAUUAGUUUCAUGCAAAUUCUAACAUUAGAGAUGGUAAUUUCUUAUUAUUUAUAUUUUAGAAUGGCAAGAUUAUUAUAGUAAUGUUAAUUUUUAUACUUGUGGAGGGAUUCAAUAUUUUGGAUAACCUAAUAAUAAUGGAAAUUCGAUUGUAAUUAGCAGAAUAUUUUUAGAUCUAGAACCUCAUUCUCAUAUAAUUGUGGAUGCACAAUUUCUUACGUAAUUAUAUUCUUUAUUACAAAAGUAUUGAUAACAAUUAAUCACCUUAUUUUUAUAUAGAUUAGUAAUCAAUAAGUUAUUAAUCAGUGAUAUCAUCAUAACUCUGUGGUAAUACACAAUUCGAAAAAGUAUAUACUAUUUCUAUAACUCAUUAACAUAAUAGAAGAACUGUUUGGAUAUAUAUUAUUAACUAUUAUGCAGGAGGAUUAAUAUCAUUAAAAUUAAGUAUGAUUAAAUGUUAGUAUGAAUGUGCUGGAUGCAUAGAGAAUUAUCAUACAUUUUGUUUAUAAUGGAAACUGCAUUAAUAUUCAUUUAAUUAGAAAUUGAUCACAAACUCUGAUGGAUGGACUUUUGUAUCAUCGUAUAGUUAUUUAACUUAUUCCUUAUGUGGAAAUUGUUAAUUUUUGUACUUUUAAUAAAUUAAAUAUUCUACUGAAUUACCUCCUCAUUAAGAUGUAUUAAUAAGAUUUUUUAAAUUAUGGAAUACUAUAAUAAUAGUAGACUAUUUAUAUGGUAAAUAAAUAAUUAGUUCUAAUAAUUAAUAAAUAGAAAUAUUAAUAAGAAAUCAUGAUGAUCCUAUAUUAUUAUUAAAUAUUAAAACUUAAUUAGCUUCAGAUUAUAGUUAUAUAAGAGAUUUUGAAGUAUUUUACACUUAAGCAGAAAUAAUGUUUAAUAAUUUAAAUGAAGGUUGUUUAUAUUAAAUUGAUGAUAAAUGUCUAAUUUGUUAAGAAGGUUGGAUUUAAGAUGAAUUUCUAGAAAAUUGUCAUCCAAUUUGUGGUGAUGGAAUUAUUCAAGGUUAAGAACAAUGUGAUCAUGGUAAUCUAAUAUCAAAUCAUUCUUGUUAUUUAUGUUAAUAUUCAUGUUAACAAUUUUGUUCAAUUUGUUAAAUUGGAAUUUGUUAAUAAUGUUAAGAUGGAUUUGUUAUUAAUCCUAAUUUUAAUUGUGAUCCUUUAUGUGGGGAUGGUAAUUUAAUUCCUUAUUCAAAUGAAUAAUGUGAACUGACAGUUAAUGGGGUAUUGGAUGGUUGUUAGGAAUGCAGAUAUAUUUCAAUUGAAAAUUGUAAAAUCAGCUACAAUUCAAUUUGCUUAAAGUGUGAAGUGGGAUUUUAUAUAUAAGAAAACUUAUGUUUUCCAUAUUGCGGAGAUAAAUUAAUUCUUGAAUUAUAUGAGGAUUGUGAUGAUGGUAAUUUGCAACCUUACGAUGGUUGUUUUAAUUGCAAAUUUCAAUGCAUUGAAGAUUGCAACAUAUGUGAACGAGGACAAUGCCUUUUGAAAUGUGAAGUUGGAUAUGAAUUUAUUAAUAAUAGUUGUCUUUCUGUUUGUGGUGAUCAAAUAAUUACAAAAGAAGAGGAUUGCGAUGAUGGUAAUUUGCAACCUCAUGAUGGUUGUUUUAAUUGCAAGUAUUCUUGCCCAAAAAAUUGCUUUGAUUGCUAUUAAGGUACUUGUCUAGAGUGCAAUUACCAAUACUAAUUAAUUUCAAAUUAAUGUAAAUAGCAAUUAAAUUGUGGAGAUGGAUUGCUUUAGGAAGAAGAGGAUUGUGAUGAUGGAAAUUAUUAAGCAGCGGAUGGAUGCAAGGAUUGCAGAAUUGAAUAAAAUUGGAUAUGCACUACAAGAGAUUCUCUAAGCUUAUGCACAUUUGUCAAAGCUCCAAACUUAGUAAUUAAUUAUCUCAAUAUGACUUAAAAUAAAUAGUAUAUCAGCAUCUAAUUUAAUUAAAAAGUAAAAAUCUAUACAGCUUAGCCCUUAUCAGAAACCAUAAAUUUUGAAAUAUCAAAUAUAGAUAAGAAGAACUGGAAUAGCAGCUUAUAUAUUAUAUAGGAUGUCGGAUCAGAUGUAAGUUUUGGAGAAUUUAUUUUUUAAAUAGAAAUAUAAUAAUUACUUGAAUUUAGGCCAGUUUUGAAAAUUAAAGUNUCAUGUUAACAAUUUUGUUCAAUUUGUUAAAUUGGAAUUUGUUAAUAAUGUUAAGAUGGAUUUGUUAUUAAUCCUAAUUUUAAUUGUGAUCCUUUAUGUGGGGAUGGUAAUUUAAUUCCUUAUUCAAAUGAAUAAUGUGAACUGACAGUUAAUGGGGUAUUGGAUGGUUGUUAGGAAUGCAGAUAUAUUUCAAUUGAAAAUUGUAAAAUCAGCUACAAUUCAAUUUGCUUAAAGUGUGAAGUGGGAUUUUAUAUAUAAGAAAACUUAUGUUUUCCAUAUUGCGGAGAUAAAUUAAUUCUUGAAUUAUAUGAGGAUUGUGAUGAUGGUAAUUUGCAACCUUACGAUGGUUGUUUUAAUUGCAAAUUUCAAUGCAUUGAAGAUUGCAACAUAUGUGAACGAGGACAAUGCCUUUUGAAAUGUGAAGUUGGAUAUGAAUUUAUUAAUAAUAGUUGUCUUUCUGUUUGUGGUGAUCAAAUAAUUACAAAAGAAGAGGAUUGCGAUGAUGGUAAUUUGCAACCUCAUGAUGGUUGUUUUAAUUGCAAGUAUUCUUGCCCAAAAAAUUGCUUUGAUUGCUAUUAAGGUACUUGUCUAGAGUGCAAUUACCAAUACUAAUUAAUUUCAAAUUAAUGUAAAUAGCAAUUAAAUUGUGGAGAUGGAUUGCUUUAGGAAGAAGAGGAUUGUGAUGAUGGAAAUUAUUAAGCAGCGGAUGGAUGCAAGGAUUGCAGAAUUGAAUAAAAUUGGAUAUGCACUACAAGAGAUUCUCUAAGCUUAUGCACAUUUGUCAAAGCUCCAAACUUAGUAAUUAAUUAUCUCAAUAUGACUUAAAAUAAAUAGUAUAUCAGCAUCUAAUUUAAUUAAAAAGUAAAAAUCUAUACAGCUUAGCCCUUAUCAGAAACCAUAAAUUUUGAAAUAUCAAAUAUAGAUAAGAAGAACUGGAAUAGCAGCUUAUAUAUUAUAUAGGAUGUCGGAUCAGAUGUAAGUUUUGGAGAAUUUAUUUUUUAAAUAGAAAUAUAAUAAUUACUUGAAUUUAGGCCAGUUUUGAAAAUUAAAGUAAAUUAGACUGUUGCUAAUAUAGAUGAUGCUAUUUUGGAUAAUGUUGAAAAAUCAAUAACAUUGCAAUAUCCAAAAUUUCUUGAUGAAACACAGAAAGACUAUUCUUAAAAUUUGAAAAAUCUUAAUAAAUAUAUAAUUUAUUGUUUGUCUGGAGUUACUGGUUUAAGUCUAUUAUUAGGAAAUGGGGAUUUGUUUGUUGAACUUAUGGCAAUUCUUUAAUUCUAGCAAUACUUAAGAUACAUUAACCUGUAAUAUCCACAAAAUAUAGAAAUUUAUUUUACUUUUAAUGAUAUGAUAACUAUUCAACCUCUACUGGAUUUUAUUUAUUUUCCUAAACUUUUAAAGUUUAUUGAUAUAUAGUAAAAUUAAGCUUAUUCUGAUGGAAAAUUUAAUGUGUACAAAUAAAGCUAUAACUUGAUCAUCAAUCUUUCAUGCCAAAUAUUUUAAUUGUUAAUAUUUUUAGUCUUUAUUUUGUUAUUUCAAUGGAUUAAAAAGGGUUUGUACAAAUGGAUAUUUUGUUCUAGGUACUUUUACUAUAUGUCAUCAUUAUCAUUAUACAUAAAUCCAAAAGUAAUAUUUAAGUUUAGUUAAUCCUUUUAUAAUAUUUGCAUGGAAUUGCUUAAAUUAAAAAAAUUUAUGUCCUUUUAAGGAUUAUAAAAAGCCAUAUUUCUAAAUGGUUGGGAUAUGAUAUUUAAAACAUUAUUGUAUACACGAAACAUUGAAACCAAAAAUUACAUAGAUAUUGUAUAAAUUAUUAUCGCAAGCAUCAUACUUAUCCUUUAUUUUACCAUAUUCCUAUCUUUUUUCAAAGGUAAUUCAAAGUUAUCAAAGAAGAACAACUACUAAAUGUUUGAAAUACUAAGUUUUGUUAGAUAAUUUUUCUUUUUAUUAUUUUUGAUUUAUGUUUAAAGUUCCCAAAUACUUUAAUUAGGAUUACUCCUUAUGACAAGCAUACUUUAAAUUAGAUUCCUAUUUAAUUAUCGUUGUAUUUUUAAUUAAAAAAAUUACAUUGUUUAAAUGGUGGUUGAGAUAUCAGUAUUAACUUUUAUCCUUAGUUCAUUCUUAUACAUCUAAGAGUUUAAUAAAUAUUUUAAUGAAGAGAAAAAAAUCUUAUUGGGAUGGAUUCAAGCAAUAAUACUAUCUAAAGGUAUUAUUAUAGAAUUAAUUUGGAUCAGCAUAGAUUUAUUAUAAAAAAUUAAAAAGAAUAAUAGAAGAUAAUCAUAAAUUGUGAAAAAUCCAUUAUUUUCAUGA